CGUAAUCAGCAUGGAAUACCAAGCUUGAUAAGCUAGCUCAUCGCUCUCCAUCAUUCCACAAGCAGAAGCCUCUCGCUAACUGAGUCCAUUCUAUCUAUCAUGUCUUCCGAUUCCAAGACUAUCAUCGAGCGCCUGCAGCAGUGGGGUGCCUGCGAUGUUGCCGAUGGCCUCUCAAAGCUCAACUAUCCCAAUGGCGGUUUCCUUGAAGGCCUCGUGAUGCAAUCACCUGAUUUCCAGGCUGGCGAGACCAAGAUUAUUGGACAGGCCUUCACGGUCAAGUUCGUCCCUAAGUCGGAUACCUCGGCCCCUAAGCUGCAAGGGAACUAUAUUGACCAAAUCCCCAACGGCGGCGUUGUCUUUAUCUCCCAGCCUUUGCCCCACGUUAAUGCAGUCUACGGAGGCCUCAUGACCCUACGCGCUCAACAGCUUAACGCAGCCGGUGUCGUCAUUGAUGGUCGCGUGCGUGAUCUCGGCGAGCACCGAGCUCUUAACUUCCCUCUGUUCGCCCGGUCUGUUGGUACCACCGCUGGCGGUGAAGUCUGCCGCCCCUCAGAAGUGAAUGUCCCCGUCCGCCUCAACUCUCAGGACCAAGAUGCUUGGAUUAAUGCUGGCGAUUACAUCAUCGCUGAUAUGAACGGUGUGGUGCGCUUACCACAAGAACUUGCUGAACAAGUUCUUGACCUCAUUCCCGCCAUCGCUGAGGCCGAUGCGAAAUGCGCGGAGGCCAUCAAAGGCGGUAUGAGCGUGCAACAGGCUUUCAAGGAGUUCCGCGGCCGUUAAGAAUCCGUUGAAGAAUGAGCUCAUGCCUGUAUUUGAUGGAGAAGCUUGAAACCCGGCUCUCUCUUCUUUCAUGGCACAUAAUAAAGAACCCUGUGUGAUGUCCAG